AUGGCCGUCACCAGCGCUAUCACCGACCUCGUCAAGUCCGUCGUCGAGCUACUGUCCUCGGUCUUCAGCGCCGCCUACGCCAUCGUCCACUCGUUCGUCAGCGGCGUCCUCGGCCUGUUUGCCGGCUUCUUCGCCUUUGUCGGUGACCUUGGCCAGGGCGUGUUUGACCUGGCUGGCGGGGUGGGGAAGUUUGUUGCUGGGAAUGCCGCCAUCCUUGCCGCCCUCGCCGCCGCAUAUUACGCGUACGUCCGCUUCGCCCAGCAGCCGCAGCAGGGCCGGAAGCCGGCCGUCACGAACGGGGCGGGGGUCAAAAAGACAAACUAA